AUGCACGAUCACUCGGCAUACAGGGUAUUCAUGGUAUUGGGUGAUACAUAGGGCUAUGACGCAAUUCAAGUUGUUCAACCAGUUCAUAUGUUCUUGAUGUCUUUCCUAAAAUUUUAUAUAUAUCAUUAAUGUAUGACAAUGACCAUCGACAAAAUGACAUGAAGGUACAGUAGUCACGAGUGUCACCUCUAUCAAGGAACCAAGCUAAGCAAUGAGAGGACAGGUGUAAAAUGCUUCCUUGAAGAACAGAGAUCUUGGGGAUAUCAUUCUUAGGAUUACAGACGAGGGGAUAUUCCUUGGAGUACUCAGAGCAUAAGGUAUUAUUCUUUGGAUUUCCAACGGAGUGUUUAGUGACAGCAUCAUGGCGAUCUUUGUAAAUGACCAUCACCGUGAAGACAGUUUUUCUAGGCGUCGUCGAAUAAACAACAUCUACGCUCUACUCUGUACAGCUGUCACGGUGUUCGUAGCCGGUAUCGUUCUCUCGGUCAUGACUGGAGUGUCGUACUACGGUGGAAGCAUCUGCUCAACCGCAGUUAUCCUCUUCUUUGUAGGAUUUUUCUUGCUCUUCAAGUACAGGCCAUCCGGACGUGUUACAACGGUGACCAUGAGCGGAGGAAAUCAGACGACAGUCCAGAGCUCGAUGACCCAUUCCUAUCACCAAAGCAUGCAGCAUACGGUCAGGACAUCGCGCACACAUAGUGUGGUAAGUUUGACCGGUGGGAUCAAUUCACAGAGGAGUAGCAGUAUGGCGCGGUUGCAAGAUUCUGGUGUGUUGGGGUGGGGUGGUGCCCCAUCCUCACAGCCUGUUGAUAAUGGCUGGAUGGCUGGUGGAAGUCAAGGACAACCCGGACAAUAUCCGCCUCCUCCUGGGGCACAACCAGGAGGCUAUACUCAACCAGGAGGCUACACUCAACCAGGACCUGUUCCCACCCAACCAGGAGGCUACACUCAACCUGGACCUUGUCCCACCCAACCAGCAGGUUACACACAACCAGGACCUGGUCCCACCCAACCUGGAGGCUACACAAAUCCUGGUAGCAAUAGACCUACCGCUGGAGGAUAUACUUACCCAGUUGGACCACCAGGGACAGGACCUGGACCUUCAUCAGGACCAGGCCCAUCAUCGUAUCCUGCACCUCCACCUUCCUAUGAUGACGCAGUCAGACUACAAGGAAAAGCAUAGCAUGUGCAUUUAUCAGUUCCUGAACUAAAAGAUAAACUUGAUCCUAACUAGGGUUGUCUUACCAACGGAGCUCAUCAUUGCGAGCUCUAAAGACAUGCGGGAUUUGAACGGCUAAUAAGAGGAGAAUUAUUACAUGAUUGCAUUUCCCGUGUCUUGUAAAAUCACAGCUAUAACAUUAUGAAAAGAUUUUAAGUGAACUAUCACCUGACUGACUACUGAUUGGAAGUAGAUGUUACCGUCUUGUUAGCACUUCAUUCUUAGCAGCAUUUCUUCUAGCGGACUUUGCAGUAGCUUUAAGGCCAAGUCAUGAAAUGCCAACGUAAAGCAACAAACCUCUCUCCCUCUCUUUAUCCAAGUAUACAAACCAUGUCCAGUAAAAAUAUCAAAUCAAUAUAUUGACAAAACUAUAUUUUGAAGUGACAUGACUGUUGAGAAGAUCUAACACGUUCAAGAAGACAUUUCCGAUUACCAUUUAAUAAUUUCACCCCCUCUCGUAUAGAUCAAAGUAUAUGUAAGAUAAAUUGCUUG